AAGUUAAAAACACUUUAUUUCGAUUUUUUUUUUUUUUUUAUAUUUGAGUGCCUUAAUAGGAAGGAUAAUGCGAUGCCCAAUUUUAUAAUGACAUGUUGAAGGUAGCCAAUCCUUUUGGGACAGCAAAGCAGAUCUACGUGGUUAUUCACCUCCUUGUCCCAUUAAUGGCAGAAGCGUGACGCGUUUUUCAUGUGCCUCCCGUCCUCUACUUGUUCGCCCCACCUAUAAAUAGUUCCAAAAACAGUUGAAAUUCAAUUAAUAAGGCUCUGAAAUAAAUUGGGGCACAACAACAAUUCUCUCUCUCUCUCUGCCAAUUUUCAUAUAUUGGGGAUUUUCCUUCAAGCAUGACUACAUCAAGGCGCCUCGCUGAUAGGAAGGUGGAGAGGUUUGAGAAAAACAUCACCAAGCGAGGAGCUGUUCCUGAAACUACCGCUAAGAAGGGAAACCAGUAUCCUGUUGGCCCUAUCUUGCUUGGCUUCUUUGUCUUUGUUGUCAUUGGCUCAUCUUUGUUCCAGAUAAUAAGGACAGCAACCAGCGGGGGUAUGGCUUAAGCGUGCAAAGUGAUACAAAUAGCGGUGGUGAUAGGCUACGCCUGCUUGUUGUAGUGUUGUUUUAUCCUCAAAGUUCAGCCCAAUGUUGAAAUUGAAGAGAAACUUCUGUACGAAUUGUGAUUUUCAUUUAUGAGACUCAAAUAUAAACUUUCUCCCA